AUGCACCUGCCGACCCCGAGGGCGGCGUUCAUCGCCAUCAAAUGCGUCAUGUUGGCACAGAGAAUGAUCAUCAUGGCCAUCGCCCUCCUUCUGCAGAGGGAUUUGCUUCUCCGGCCCGGCGAACUGGCGAGCCUGACCGUUGGUCAAAUGGUCCCGCCAGCUGGCGCCGCGGAUAUGUGCAGAUGGGGUGUGAUAGUGGCUCCGUCCGAAGGUGGGAGUGGCGACCCAAGCAAAACCAACCUCUACGACGAGGGCAUUACCCUCUCACCCAUAUUGGAUAUUCUUACCGAUGCCAUCGCGGAACCGAGGGAAGCUCGAAUGACUUCGCUGAUGCUCUUUCCCUUCACCUGCGCCCAGCUGGCCGAGCAGUUCAAGAAAGCGGCGGCUCGCGUGGGAGUGGCGCGCUUAGGUGCAACUCUUUACGGGAACCGCCACAGCGGGGCAAGCGACAUGAGGUUGCGGGGUGUCGGUCGGGCUUCCGGAAAUCAAAAAGCGGGGUCGUUGGGCUGCCGACUCAAGCCUGCGAAGGUACGAGAAAGCCACGGUGGAGCAACAGCAGCACCGGCUCAGACGCGAGUCUACGCCGACUUCGUCGAGACGCAGUUGGAGCAACUGGGACCGUUGCUGCGCCAAGCCAUCCGCCUGCCCUCGGAAGACAAUCUGGCGGCAGUGCAGCGACAAGUGGAGCCGCUGCCCAAACUGAGCUAG